AUGUCGUCCCAAUCUCCCGUAUCGGACAUCUCCCCAAGGGCACAAGUCAGCUCUCUGGCUUCAGCAUAUCCCAUCCAGCACCACUCUCCUCCUACUCCCACCGAAGCCCAUAUUCUCGCCUCAAUGAGCCGUGAGGACAGAGUCAUGGAGUUCACACAGCCCCAAUACCACACACCCGCCGUCCCCCGGUCGGUCAAGUUCGAAUUGGUCACCGACUCUACCCAGUACCGGGCGCGAUUACCCAUGAGGGUACAAAUCUACCCCCAUGACACCACUGAGUCCAUCAUCACUACCGUCAAGAACUUUUACGGUCUGUAUCCCAGCCCCACAAGCUGCCCCGGCGUGAGCUUCGAGGACGAGCAUGGCAACACCAUCAUCGGAAGGUAUGAGAACUUCCGCCACAACUCGGUCGUGUAUGUUCGGGUUCGGGAUGGCCCUCCCACUCCUGGACCUCAUGCCACUCAGCCAAGCCAGCCAGGCGCCCAGUCUUUCUACACCCAGGAUGGACAUAACAUCCAGGGCCCGCAGCAACAGUCACACCAUGCUUCACGACCUGGCUCUAGAUCGUCCAGGCGGCGCAGCGUGUCGCCAACCAACAUUCAUGAGCGACGAAGUGCUUCUACCAGUACUAAUGGCAGGCAUGCCCGCCCUCGUUCCAACAGGAGCCGGGGCCCAGGGUCCCAGACACAUAACGACGCACACAGUGAUAGCAUGAAUGGCUACAGCAGCGGCGACAAUGCCCCAGGCUCGUCUUCUGGGAAAUCAAAGGAGCAGAUUGGCAGCACGGAGAUCAGCCUCGACAACAUUGUCGAAGGAGGCCGUCGCAAGCGAGCCAAGUUUGAGAGCUCUGAGCUGCCCCUUUUCGCACCUCCCCAGAUGCCUGCUGCCCUGUCCAACCCAUCAGUCUCCCCAGCUCGCCGUAUUGAGCACAAUCGUGCCACCCUUCCAUUCGUCCAACCUGGUCAGAACCCGUUCACCAACCCUCGGCUGCUACAGUCGCCUCAGAGCUAUACCCCUGGCUACAAUGGCGUGGGCAUGUAUGCCACUCCCGUCACCGAUACUCGCCGUGCCAGGAGCACCAUUGGCUAUUCCAGUGCUUCGGGCAUUGGCCCGAACAUGGGCAUCCUGCCGACGCCAGAUCCCACUGUCGGCAGCUGCAUGUCGGAAGAGGACAAGGACGUGGCCAUCCAAUUGAUGCGCCUCGGUGAGAUCUCCAACAUCUCCCAUGGCCGUACUUCGGCCUCUACCCUUGAUGACACCUUCAGCCGCAACGCCGAUGCGGCUUCCUCUACUGGCGCCACUAGCGAUGGUGACAGCGAGAGCGACGGCGAGAAGCAGCCCGUGCGGAAGCAGAAGCUGGAUGUCGUUGGUGCUAGCAAGAAGAUAUAUCCCACCACCGAGACUCAUUUCAGCCCUGCCAACGCCGAGUUUGAGCCAAGCGAAGACGAGGAUGUGUAUUCCGACAGCGGCGAGGGCACUAUGGGCGCGCCAAAGCUGAAGGCCCCCAAGGCGCCUAAUGGCCAGAAGCCUCGCGCUCAGCCCACCAAUGCGAAGCCAAAGACCGUGAAGGCAACCAAGACCGCCAAGCCUGCUACUGGCGCAAAGGUCAAGAAGUCCAAUAGCAUCAUCCCCAACGGCCCGAUGUCUCCUACCUCCCUACCGGCAUCCCGCAAGCCAUCUAUCGUCUCCAACCCAGGCGCUACUACCAGCGUGCAGGGUGAGGAUGACCACCCUGACCUCUCCACAAAGCCGCGCUGCCAGCGCUGCCGAAAGAGCAAGAAGGGUUGCGACAGACAGCGCCCUUGCGGAAGGUGCCGCGAUGCUGGCAUCCCCGCCGAGUUGUGCAUCAGCGAAGACGAGGGCAACGGCCGAAAAGGUCGUUAUGGUCGACACAUGGGCGUGCCAGUCGUCGGGGCCAAGGAGGAGAUGCCAGCGCCAGCUAACCCGUUGCUUCCUGCUGCGCCGAUUGCGACAACCAUGGCCGCCGCAAUGACGGCCAUUGCCUCUGCGGACAAGAACAAGAAGCGGAAGAGGUAG